CAUUAUCAUUUACUAUAGGUUAUCAGACCAGGAUGAAGAGGGCAAGACCAGGCAAGAGUGUAUCAUCUCUGACCCCUCCUUUACCAUGGUGACAGUUCAACGGGAAGACAGUGGAAUAACCUGGGAGACCAACUCAAGUAGAUCUUCCACUCCUUGGGCCUCAGAAGAAAGUCAGACUUCUGGUGUGUGUAGUCUGGAAGGGUUAACUGUGAAUUCUCCUCCAAGAAAUGUUUCCUUUAUCAUAGAUGGAGUUAAAAAGUCUCGGAAAAGAACUCGUAAGUCAAAGCAUGGCUCACCAUCAUUGCGUCGGAAAGGCAGCAAAAAGCAAAAUUCUUUGGCAUCUCAAGAUGUUCCAGCAAACAAAAAAGACAAUCCAUUAAUUUCAGACAGCCAGGUACUAGCCACUGAGAAAGAGAAGUCAUCUACUGGGAUUUAUGAUAAAACAAGAAAAAACAAGACCACCUCAAAUACACCGCCUAUUACUGGGGCAAUAUACAAAGAACAUAAGCCAUUAGUGUUAAGGCCAGUCUACAUAGGAACAGUACAAUAUAAAAUUAAGAUGUUUAAUUCAGUUAAAGAAGAAUUAAUUCCUCUACAAUUUUAUGGAACAUUGCCAAAGGGUUAUGUAAUUAAAGAAAUACAUUACAGGAAAGGAAAAGAUGCAUCUAUUAGUCUAGAGCCCGAUUUGGAAAGUCAUGAUUCUAACAUAGUUUUCAAAACAGGUAGAUCAGUAGCCCAUAGCAAAGAAGAUGAUGAAGUGAGAAAUCCCGCCCCACUUUGGAGAGGUGCUCUUUCAACAGGAUCAAAGUCCCUGACCUCAUUGUUCAGUCAUGAGGAUCAAAAGAAAAUUUACGUUGAUUCACCCCUCGACACCACAUCUACAACCAAGCACACAGUUUCCUCUUAUUCAAGUGAUGACACAGCAGAAGUACAGCUCAGGCCUCCACAAUCAAUGCCACAACAGGCAGGUGAGGAAGCAAAAACCCAUGAAACAGAGCCUUCCUCCCUGCCACCAGAAACACCUACCUCUGCGUUACUGGAAACAGCAAAGGAAGAGCUUGAGCCUGAUUCUCAAGGACUUGAAUCUUCAGAGAAUGACUCUUGGAUCUCCCCAGCUUUGGUUGCUGAGGUAAAGAAGGAAGACAUGCAUUCUGCUGACCACUCCAUGUCACUGGAGGCAGAGGAUUCUCUGGAGACCCGGUCAGCAGGUCUGGCACCAUCUGUCCCGGAAGAGUUUGAGCCAGUUGAGGAAGAGCUGGAACUGGCUUCACUAGAAAGGGCAGAACCAGCCUCUGAGCCCCUGACCCCUCUCCAUCCCAGUGUCCAACGAGAGAAGGAGGAACACAUGCCUGAGCCAUCCAUCUCUCUAGCAUUACAAGAACCAGAGAAAGAAGAAAUAGAAACGUCCCUGCCAGUGGCUGCUAUGGCUGAACCUGAGGAUUCUAAUUUAGCAGAAGAGAUCAUAGAACUUGAUUACCCAGAAAGUCCGUUGGUUUCUGAGAAGUCCUUGCCAGCACAUUUGUUCCCUGAAGUAGAGCAUGAGGAAGAGGAGCCUGUUCCACCAUUACGGACAAUGUCCCCAUCUGAACAUGUCACUUUGUCUGAGGAAGAAAGAGAGGAAAAUGGGUCUGUUUCCACCGAUUCUGCUUUUGUAUCUGAGUAUUCCAUUCCACAGGAUCUGAACUAUGAACUAGAGAAGCAAGAAGUUGAGGCAGUUUCUCCGUCCACUGCUGUAUCUGAACUUGCGGCUUUGUUAGAUGAAGAGAAUGAGGAGUUUGCGCCUUACUCCCUAGCUGCGGUCUCACCACCCGCCACCGAGAGGCCCUCUGAAGGCCAGUCCCCACUGUUCUCAACCGCUACCUCAGAACACGCCUCAGGGGAUGAGGCCUCGGAAAGUGGGCAUCACACACCAGAUUCCACUUCUGCUUCUGAGUACUCAAUUCCAUCCCAUGCAACACAAAAGUCACUGAAGAAAACAAUUGACGAUAACUCCCCAUUGAAAUCCCAAGGUGUUUCUGAGUUCAUGGUUCUAUCAAAAGAGAAGGAGGACACUGAAUCAUAUCCCCCCACUGCAGCCUCUUCCUCUGAACGCUCUCUCUCACCAUCCACAAUUGAGACGACUUCUGAAUGCCAGGCACCUCUGCCUGCUACUGCUACCUUGGAACACAUAAUCCUAUCAGAAGAAGAGGAGCUGGGAAGUGGGCAUUCCACACCAGAUUCAAAACUGACUUCCAAAUCCUCAGUUCCACCAAAUGCAGCACAGGAGUCACUGAAGAAAAUAAUUGAUGUACCCCAAUUCAAACCAAAAGGCAUUUCCAAGUCCUUGAUUCUAUCAGAAGAAGAGAAGGAGGACACUGGGCCAUAUUGUCCCACUGCAGCCUCUCCUGAACACUCUCUCUCACCAUCCACAACUGAGACGACUUCUGAUUACCAAGUACCACUGCCUCCUGCUGCUGUGUUGGAACAUGUGGUCCUAUCAGAAGAGGAGCUAAGAGGAGGGCAUUUCAUACCAGAUUCAAAACUGACUUCCAAAUCCUCAGUUCCACCAAAUGCAGCACAGGAGUCACUAAAGAAAAUAAUUGAUGAUGUGCCCCAAUUCAAACCAAAAGGCAUGUCCGAGUCCUUGAUUCUAUCAGAAGAAGAGAAGGAGGACACUGGAUCUCAUUCCCCAGAUGAGGCCUCUGCACUUGAACAUUCUUUCCCACCACACACCCCUGAGAUCACUUCUGAAUGCCAGGUCCCACCACUUUCAGCCACCCCAUCUGAAGAACGUGUGGUACUAUCAGAAGAGACAAUAGAAACAGAGCGUUAUUCACCCUCUUCCACAUCAGCUUCUGAAUUUUCAAUACCGCCAUAUGCAACACCAGAGCCCCAGAAAGAAGACUUUGUCCUAAGAUCCCCUCUACAUCUAAAAGCCCCCCCCUCCCCAGUGGAUCUAUCUGAGCAAGAGCAAGAAGACAUUGGGCCUUUUUCUCCAGAUUCUGCUUUUGUGUCAGAAUUCUCAUUCUCACCCUAUGCAACUCAGGAAGCAGAGAAAAGGGAACUUGAAUGUGACUCUCCAAUGUGUUUGACAUCACCAUCUGAGCACACUAUUUUGUCAGAUGAAGAUACAGAAGAAGCUGAACUCUUUUCUCCAGACUCAGCAUCACAAGUUUCAAUUCCACCCUAUAGAAUCCCAGAAAGAGGAAAAAAUGACAUUGAACUGGAUUCACUAUUCACUUCGAGGUCUGCUUCGGGAUAUUCCUACUCUUCAGAAGCAGAGGAGGAAGAGAUGGGAUCCACAGCCUCUACACCCGUGCCUGAGCAUUUCGAUGUCCCCCAGGAGCAAAAAGCAGAGCCUUUCCCUUUCAUGUCUGCACCUUCAGCCAGUAAAGCAGACCAAGCAGAACUUGAGCCAGAUGCUCAAACAAUGUCAGCAUCUGUAUCUGAAUAUCUCAUUUUGGCACAUAAGCAGAAAGCUCAAUCAUCUGAGCCUGAAGGUGUGGGUCCACCAUUUUUGACCAGUGGAUUGGAGAAGGGAGAAAUUAAGACCAGUUCAUCAGCAGUCCCAGCACCUGCUUCUUUACCUGCACAUUCAUCAGUGGCAAAGGAACCUGUUCUGCCCAUAUCUCAGUUUUCAGUUUCACCUUAUUCAGUUCAUGCAAAGAAAGAACAGGAACCGGAAGCAUCACUCACUCUAAAAGCUGCAGAGGAACAGAUGGCUUUGCCAAAAGUCAGAAAAGAAGAAACUGUGCCUGAUUCUCAAGAAGCCACUGCACAUGUAGCACAGGAUCAAAAACUGGAGCCUCAGCCUCCAAAUGUUCCAGGGCCUGGGAUGAAAUAUUCAGUCUUGCCUGACUUGGCAGAUGAGCCAAAGAAGGUUGUUAAACCCAAUUUAGCUCCAACUGUGACUUCUGAACUAGAACAGAGAAUGUUGUCAAAGAAUGAGCCUGAAGUAGCAAAACCAGAUUCACCUCCAAAGGAAACAUCUAUUUCUGGGCCUGAGGUUUUAUCUGGAAUGAAGACGGAAGAGAAGUAUAAUUCCAAAAUAACAAGAGAGCUUCAUUCAGCUUCAUCAGGAAUAGAAAAGGAAGUUGAACACGGUCCACCUGCACUGACACUUUCAGCUUUGUCAGAAGAAAUAAAGAAAGAAACUGAACCCAACUACUUAACAACCUCAGCACCUGUAAUCAAGCUUGAUUCAAGCUUAACCAAGUUAGUAAGAGAAGAAAUGCUGACAGAUUCAUCUCUUGACACCCCUGUAGAACAUCCAGGCUUAACAAAAGUGGGAGAGGGUGAAUUAGGAUGUGACUUACCACCAACCAUGACAUCUAUAGAUGAGCAUUCCCUUCUUGAAGAAGAAAAGGUAGCAAUUAAAAGUGCUUCCUCUCUCAUUGAAACUUCUUUAUCCAAAGGUUCAGCUUGGUCAGAAUUGGAGAAAGAAAUUAAAUUAGAUUCUCCUCUAAAUACAUCUUCUAUAUCAGAACAUUCUAUUUUGUCAGAAGCAGAAACUGAAGAAUUUAAACCUGGUUUGCUAGUAUCCAAAUUGUCAUCCCAGCAUUCAGAUGUUUCUGAAAAAACGAGAGUAGAAGACAAACAAGGUCUUUCAUUUUCUACAGUCCUUGACUCUAAACGUUCAGUUUCACCACAGAAAAAGAACCUGGUGUCUGCUUCAGAGGUAUCAAGGCCUGAAUCUCCACUUUUGGUCGACCUAAGUGGUGACGUAAAGAAAGAAGAAACCAAACUUCCCUCAUCACAAAAUGUGCCGUCUGUACCUGAAUAUGUAGUUCCAAAAGGCAAAAAUGAGGAGACAACCAGUUCAUCUCCCAAGUUUGAAAAUUUCGUGUCAGAAGAUUUAGCCCCGACCCUCGGGGAUGAUCAGAACAAACAGGCAAGGGAGAACACCUCUUCAGUGCAGGGAGAUUUCCUGUCUGGAAAACUUGGCCUUUCUCUGCCAGAGCUCCCUUUGGAGCUUGAGAAGAAAGAGAAGGCACCCCAAUUACCAGAUUUACCAAGAGUUGGGUCAGUAUCCACUGGUGGUUUAGGUAGGCAAAGUGGGCCUGUUAGUACAGAGUCAAUAAAAUCUCUGAUAACUGAAACCAAAGAUUCUGUUUUAGAAAAGGGCCUAGCUGGGCUUAGGGGGAGAGGGGAAGGAAAUGAAGAAAACAGAGAAGUCCAUGUGUCUGCUGCAGAACCAUCAGGGUUUGCUUCUUCUGACCUCCUUGUGGAAGAAAAGAAGCCUGAAAAAGCACUUCAUUCAGAUCAAGCUGUUAAACUUCUUGAUGUGAGCAGCUCUUCUGCAGAUAAGCCAGACCUGAGUGCCGAACAAUUUUUAUUUAUGAAAGAGGGUUUGGAGAAUUUGCCUUUGGAACAAUCGAAACCAUUUAUGACAGCUGAGCCUGCAGAUGUUCAAGAAACAAAGACUGAAGAGUCCCUUACUUUUCCAAAGGAUGAUAAGUGGGUAUUAGAAAAGCCAGAAACUUUGGCUGAGCCUCAUGAAGAAAGAGUAAGAGGGUCGGUGCAGCUGGGUUCCUUGGGCAGCAAAGUUCUGAUGACACAGCAGUUCAAGGCUGCCCCAUCAGAUGAGGAAAUGAGAAAGCAGUUACAGCCACAUUCUGCUGAAGAAUCUCACUUAUCACAAGAGCCAGUAUAUGCUCCCAGUGCCUCCAGUGGUCAUAUAGACACCUUAUCCACGAAAACUGACUUUUCUGAAGAAAUGAAGCUGACCCAAGAACCAAGCUCUCUACUUCCAGCUGAGAGUGGAGAGAGAAACAUGGCACAGGGGAGGCAGAUCAGUUCUUUCAUGGAGACUGAAAGCUUGAUAUUGGAGAAAGCAAACACAGAAUUUUCUAGGCCUUGCAAAGCAGAGAGCCAGGAAGAAAUCAAACUACCUCCUGAAAGUACCUUCCAGAAACCAGUGUCUGGCCCAUCAUUGGAAGAGGUAAAGCCAGAAACUAUCCCCUCUCCUGUUAAAGCAGCCCAUUUCCUGGCAGAAGUUUCAGAAGCUGCAUUUGACAACGAAAAACGAAUGCACAGGUGCAUUCCUCCUCCACCUGGAGAAAAGCCAUCAGAGGAACCAAAAAUGGUUCAGUCAAAGGUUGUAGGUGAUGCUAGUGAGGGAAGGAAACCAGCUCCUGAAGUGGAAAUACCCACAGAAAGAAAACCUGUCUUCUCACUCCAAGAAAAUGAAGGACCUCAACCACUGGUAACACUCGAAGUGACACAAAAGAAACUGCCUGAGAAACCAAAGGUGGUUGAACAAGGUCUUCCUGAGGAAAAGGGAAAGAAAGGAAUUUCAUCUUUCAAAUCAUGGAUGUCUAGCUUAUUUUUUGGAUCAAGCACUGCAGAUAACAAAGUUGCUGAAAAAGAAGAUUUAGAAACUCAGCCAAGUCCCUCUGUAGAAAAAGCAGUGACUGUGACAGGGCCUAAAGAUACAGUUCCCCCUGAUGUUAAAGCAACUGAGAAAGCAGCAGAUCUUUCAUUACCAGAAACUGCUGAAGAACGCAGAGGAACUUUACUUAAAUAUGGUGAAGACCUUAAAGAAAAUCCCACAUUUUUAUCGAAUGUAGAAGUUUUAAAACAGCCAGAAUCCAACUCUGUGGUAUGUAGUGAAGAUUAUAGGAAGAAAGAAAUCUCAGACUAUUCAGAGGAAAUAGGCAUAAACUUAGUUACUUCUGUUGAUGGUGAGGAAAAUCUUGGAAUUCAACCUUAUUCCCCAAGUGGUGAAAAAGUGGUUAUGGAAGAAGCCAAAAAUGUUCCUCCUCAUGCUACUGAGCGUAAAAGACCCCAGAAGCCAGCAAUUGCUCCACCAGAUACAUGGAAUAUUUAUAUUCUUAAGGAAGAGCCAACCAGUAAUCAAAAGGAUAAAUCACUGUCUUCAUUUGACGAAGUAGGUAAGAUGCCACAACAGCCAAAAUCAGCUUCAUCUGACUUUGCAAGUAAAAAUAUCAUGAAGGAACCAAAGAAGCCAGAGCCAAUAAUUCUGCCAGUAGAAGAAUCAAAAGGGCAUUUAAUUGAUCUUGGUGAGGACAAACUAAAGAAAGAGAUGGUCAAAUCUUCUUCUUUGAAAUACUCUGAAAAGGAAAUAAAACACCCAUUGGAGGAGAAAGAUAGAUCAUAUGCCUUGGCAGAAAAGAAGGAGCUGGAAGAAAAACAAGGAACUGUGGCCCCCUUAGAGCUCAGAGAAAACAAAGAACUAGAGAAAUUGCAAGUAACAUGUGAAUCUAGACCUAUUAAACUGGAAGAAUCAAAAACCACUGCUAGCCUGGAGCACAUCUAUGCAAGUGAGCACCACAAAGAAAGGUCUGAGGAGGAGAGAGAAGAAGAAAAAGAAAAGCAGUCACAGGUACUUUCAAAAGGAAAGAAUAAGCAGGAAAGUCAGCCUUCUCCUUUGACCAUAGCCAGGUCUGUGCCUGAAAAAUCAGCUGUCUUUUUAGGUCACUCUUUGGGUGAAAUUCAACCAUUCUCAUUUACUAAAACACCAUCAAUUGUUGAAAAAUCAGAAAGCAUGUUCUCAGAAGCUCACCAAGAAAUCAGAGAAAGAAAAGCAGUAGAAACCCAACCACAUGCAUUAGAAGAAAGUAAAGUUUUGGUGGAGAAAACCAACAUAUUCCUCCCUGUGGUUCCUCAUCGUGAUGAAACCGAUAAUUACUCCUUACCUGAGGAAGGAAAUCUGGUGUUAGAAAAGUCAAGCAGGGGUAUGUCGGAUCUCAAAGACGAAAAGAGGCAGUUCACAGUAUCAGAACUUUCUAAAGGUGGUUCAGUUGAAAGUAUGAAGCAAGGAUCUCUACCUGAAGACUCUGAAAGGACUUUAGAUCGUCCUUCUGAUGAAACAAAGAACUUAGAAACACCGCCAUAUUUGCUGUCAUCUGUAAAACCACAAACUCUUGUUUUAGGAGUUUCUCCAGAAAUUAAUACAAUGAAGAAACCAGAAAUGCCAUGGUCAGAAUUGACUCCAGAUAGGCCAACAAUCCACACUAUUCAAACAUUUAAAGAUCACCCAUCUGAGAUACCUAAACAAUCUGUUCUCGUUUCAAAGCACCACUUGGAGACUGUGGAGGAUGCCCAUGUAAGUGAACCACUUUCUUCAGCAAAAAGCAACUAUGCUCAAUUUAUAAUUAAUGCAACAAUCACUGAUGAUGAAAUGACUUCUACUAAAGAAAUGUCCAAGGAACCUGAAGACACAUAUGCAAAAGACAAAGAGUUUAUAGUGACUAGUAAGCCACCUGGGCUUUCAGAAGACCAGAAGAGUGCCUUUAGUAUCAUUUCUGACGGCUGUGAGAUAUUGAAUAUUCAUGCUCCUGCCUUUAUUCCUUCAGUAGAUCAGGAAGAAAGUGAGAAAAUGCAAGACAAGUUAGAAUAUUUGCAGGAGAAAGCCUCAUUUAAAACCACAUCUCUCCAUGAUGACGGUGAGGCAGUUGCUUCCCAUAAAACAUUAAAGAGCAAGUUAGAAGAUUCUGAGGGAAAAGUUACAUCUCUGAAAGAAAAUGAACCAAAGGAAACCGGUAAAACAAAAGAGGAGACAUCCACAGAUUCAGAGACAGGCAAUUUUGUUUUUAUUCAAACCACAAUCCCCAGUGAAGAGGAUUAUUUUGAAAAAUAUACUUUGAUUGAUUAUAACAUCUCCCCAGACCCAGAAAAACAGAAAGCUCCAUGGAAAUUAAUCGUGGAGGAGGAACUCUCAGGAGAAGCUGUGGAAGAAGCUUUCCCAGAAAGUUCACAGGAACUAGAACAUGAAUAUGACUUGGUGAAAUUAGAUGAAAGUUUUUAUGGGCUGGAAAAGGACCACAGCAAGUUAUCUCAUCCAGAGUCACAAAAGUCUUUGGUCAUCCAAAACACAGCUGGUGGAACAGCUUCAAGGAGCAUAAACAGAGACGUGGACUCCAGGUCACCUGGGACGCUUUUAUUUGAUGUGGAGGAAGGAGUUUUGUCAAGAAUCCAGACGUCUCCUCCCACUGCCAAAGCUGUGAAUCCUGAGCUCUUCCAGAAGGAAGAACCCCCUGCACUUGCAUUUUUAUAUAAGGAUCUGUAUGAAGAGGCAGUUGGAGAGAAAAAGAGAGGAGAGGAAAGAGCUUCUGAAGGUGACAGUGUGAAUUCUGAGACAUCACUUCCAAGCAGACGUUCUGACAUUGAUGACGGAACAGGAAUGUAUUCUGAGAAGUACAUCAGAGAUGACAUUCUCCAUGACAUAUCUGUAACUCAAAAGCACCAAGGCCAAGGUCUGGAAGAAACACCAGUUGUUAAAGAUGAUUCAUACCAACUGGUAGCUGCAAAAGGAGAAAUUUGGGGGAAGCCUGGAGCUGUUUGUGGGGAGAAUAGUCUAGAAGAACAGAAGCCCGUUUCCAGGGCAGAAGAAUCAGCAGGCCGCGCAGAGACAUGUGAUGAUGUGGCGAUGCAGAGGCCAGCCGCCAUCACUGAGGAAGUCAGAGUGGUCACUCAGAAGAUGAGCUAUGCAAUUCCAUUUGAAGACACCCAUCGUGUUCUGGGCAGUGUAGAUGAGUCAAGCAGUCAGGGUAAUGAGGCAGGGAGUGCAAGUCCAGAGGUCAAUUUGAAUGUCCCGGUACAGGUGUCUUUCCCAGAGGAAGACUUUGCAUCUGGUGCAACUUACAUUCAAGAAACACCACAAGAAGAACCUACAGUUCUGAUCCCACCUCAGCCAAGUGAGGAGAGGAGCCGUAACAGCCCUGUGCAGGAUGAAUAUGAAUUUGCUGAAUCCCUGAACUACGAAGUGGUCAGUCAAGAUGUAUUAUCUGAAGAACUGUUUUCAGAAUGCACACCUGAAGAUGCUUUAUCUCAAGGAACGGAAUCCUUUGUACACAUCAGGGAACAUGAAUUCGUGAGUGAGGUGGAACAAGGUAUGUCUGCUGAACAGAAAGAGUUGGGCAGAGAGAGAACAGAACAAGACCAAUUGGCACCUGAACUUGUAACUGAGAGGGCACAAAAAGAGCAGAAAAAGUCCCAGGUUGACACAUAUUGCUACACCUGCAAAAGCCCAAUUUCUGCGAUGGACAAAGUAUCUGACACCCACAAAGACCAUGAGGUUUCAACCCUUGACACAGCUAUAAGUGCUGUUAAGGUUCAAUUAGCAGAAUUUCUUGAAAAUUUACAAGAAAAGUCCUUGAGGAUUGAAUCUUUUGUCAGUGAGAUAGAAUCCUUUUUUAAUACCAUUGAGGAAAACUGUAGCAAAAAUGAGAAAAGACUAGAAGAACAGAAUGAAGAAAUGAUGAAGAAGGUUUUGGCACAGUACGAUGAGAAAGCCCAAAGCUUUGAGGAAGUGAAGAAAAAGAAGAUGGAGUUCCUGCACGACCAGAUGGUCCACUUUCUACAGAGCAUGGACGCUGCCAAGGACACUCUGGAGACCAUCGUGAGAGAAGCAGAAGAACUUGAUGAGACUGUCUUCCUGGCUUCGUUUGAGGAAAUCAAUGAAAGGCUGCUUUCUGCCAUGGCGAGCACAGCUUCUUUGGAGAAUAUGCCUGCUGCAUUCUCACUUUUUGAACAUUACGAUGACAGCUCAGAGAGCAGUGACCAGAUGUUGAAACAAGUGGCUGUCCCACAGCCUCCUAGGCUAGAACCUCAGGAACCAAAUUCUGCCACUGGUACAACAAUUGCGGUUUAUUGGAGCAUGAGCACGGAAGAUGUCGUUGACUCAUUCCAGGUUUACUGCCUAGAGGAGCCAGAAGAUGACCAAGAAGUAAAUGGUAAGAUUGCUAACACGAAUACUGAUGCAAGUGUAUAUUUCUGUAUCUUAAUGUAGCAUAUUUAAAUACCA